AAUACCUUGUACACCGAUAGUCGUUCACGUUUACCCUUGAAAGUUAAUCACACACUGAACAAUUGUACAAGAUUAUGCGAAAAUGAUUGACCCUAAAUAUGCUAAUCUUCCUGGAGUAGCAAAUGAUCAACCUGAUGUAUUUGAAACAGAAGAUCCUCCAGAAAACAAUGAUACUCAGAUUUAUCUGCAAGAGGAUGGAGCUUCAGUUGAGAAGAUAUAUCUUAAUGCAUCAGAAGCUUUUAUGAAAUUCAAAGAGAAACAUAUCAGUGCAGAAAGUCUGCACUUUUCAGAUACUGCUUGUAGUAGCAUGCAAAAAUAUACACUAUACGAAACUAUGUACAUUGAUGCUAUCCAAACACCUUAA